AUAUAUUUUUUUUUACAGUUACAAAAUUUUAAAUAAAUUCUCAGAUGUAUAAAAAUUUGUACACUUCCGCAAAAAUCUUUUACAAUUGAAAUCAGCUGAUUGACGUGUCUGUAACAGUGACCUUACCCACAAAAGAAGAAGAAGAAGACGUGCAGUGAUAAAAGAUAAUGCAUAAAUUAAAUAAUAUUUUCGUGAAUACAAUAUGCUGCAAUUUCACAAAACAACUCUCUGAUCUCGCUCGCUAUGAUUUAAGCGAUGUGGUGAUUGCAUCUGCGGUACGCACGCCAAUUACCGGCUUCAGCGGCCACCAUCCUGCCCUGCCAGUAACCAAGUUAGGCGCUGUGGCUAUAGAUGCGGCUCUCAAGCAAUCUGCUGUUCCGCCGGAAGCUGUGCAACAAGUAUAUUUUGGUAAUGUUUUGGCGGCUGGUGUAGGACAAGCGCCUGCACGCCAAGCUACACUUUUAGCCGGCUUAUCGAAGCGUGUAUGUUGUACAACGGUUAGCGCGUCGAGUGUGACUGGCAUUAAAACGAUAAUGUUUGCGGCACAAGCUGUUAAACUGCGUUUAGCUGAUGCCGCUAUAGCAGGCGGCAUGGAAUGUUUAUCAAAUGUGCCAUAUUAUAUGCCGAGAACAAUAGUCAAAAGCGGCAAUAUAUCUAUGCAGGAUGGCUUGGUUGUAGAUGGCGUGACGGAUAUUCCGAUUAAAAACAAUUUUGGCAUAACCAAAGAAGAAUGUAUUAACUAUACGAAAGAAUCUUACAGUCGUAUGCGUAAAGCAGCACGGGAUGGAUAUUUUGACCUAGAACUAGUGCCGUUACGUAUAAUGCUGGCAUCUAGAACACCAAUUACUGUAUCUGAAGAUGAACAGCGUCCUUUACCAAGCGCAUUGAAUGAACUGGAAAAUGUUGACCAGUAUAAAGGACUUGUUUUGGGUGACGGUGCUGCCGCUUUAGUGCUUACAACAUGCGAAAUGGCCAUGCGUUGGAAUUUGAAGCCAUUAGCGCGAAUAAUAGCGUUCAAUGAAUCGAAAACAAAUCAACAGGAUUUCUUAAAAGCGCUAAAUAUAGUUGUUAAACGUCUUCUCCAGCAUACGCACUAUAACACGGAGGAUAUUUCAUUAUGGGAACUUCAUGAUUCAAAUUCCGCUGUGCCAUUAGCGAUAAUUAAAGAGUUGGAAUUAAAUCCAUUAAAAGUUAAUGCACACGGUGGUUCCAAAUGUCUGGGUAAUCCCAUAGCUAUGUCAGGCGCACGUUUGGUCACGCACUUAACACAUGCCCUGCAGCCGGGUCAAAUAGGAUGUGCAGCAAUAGCUAAUGAAACUGGUAAUGCUUCGGCAAUAUUAUUGGAAAAAAUUGCAUAUGACGAGGAGCAAGCGAGCAACAAACUGCCACAUUUAACAUUGUAUACUAAGGACGACUGUACACUAUGUGACGAGCUACUCAAUGAGCUUGAAAUUUAUUUCAAUGGCCAAUAUACGCUGGAAAAAGUGGAUAUCACAAAAAAGGAGAACUUGCGAUUCUUACGUCUUUAUCGUCUCGACAUUCCAGUACUUUUCCUCAAUGGGCAAUUUCUUUGUAUGCACAGAUUAAAUGUAAAUCUACUGGGCCGCAAAAUGGAAGAGUUGCGAGAAAAAAAUUCCUCAAAAAGCUAAUUUAUGAACAAAAUUUGAAAAUGUUU